CCCCAAAGUGACUCAUCGACGACCAGCUGCACCCCGCCUUUCCGCCAAAGAAGAAUUAAAAUUCCCUCACAGUGCAGGCUCCAUCCCGACACCACCCGUCAUGGCUGUUGUGUCUGUUUCCGCCCCAGGCAAAGUCCUGCUUGCGGGUGGCUACCUUGUCCUCGAUCGUGACUACACCGGCCUUGUCUUCGGCCUCAGCGCCCGCAUCCAUGUCAUCGUGCGUCCCCUGGCCACCAGCUCGGGCGUCAGUCUUUCCGAGAUCAUUGUGAAGUCCCCCCAGUUCCAGGGCGCCCACUGGGAGUACGGCUACCGGCUGGCCGAGAGUGGCGGAGGCAUCGAGCUCACCCAGCUCAGAGCUCGCGCCACAGAGGCCCUCCAUCGCAACGUCUUCGUCGAGACGGCCCUCACCUAUGCCCUCAGUUAUGUCUCAGCCCUAACCGCAGAGCGCAUCGAGCCGGCCUCGAUUACCAUUCUUGCCGACAAUGACUACUACUCAUCUGGCUCUGAUCAGCAACAGUCCGCCGAGCGCUUUAGAGACUUCAAGGUCCCCAUCUGGGAGGCGCACAAGACGGGCCUUGGGUCGUCCGCUGCCCUUGUCACGGCCUUUACCGGCGCAGUGCUGUCUCACUAUCUCCCUGAAAGUUCGUUUUCAGUGGCCACCGAUGCCGGUAAGGCCCGGUUGCACAACCUCGCGCAAGCCGCCCACUGCGCCGCUCAGGGGAAGGUCGGCUCCGGAUUCGACGUUGCGUCGGCGGUCUUCGGAUCCUGCCUGUACCGCCGCUUCUCCCCCUCGCUGCUCUCGUCACACGGCGAACCGGGCUCCAAGGACUUUGCCAAAACUCUGCGAGCCCUGGUCGAGGAUUCGGAUCCCUCCAAGAAAUGGGAUACGAUGAUCACCAAGUCGGCCGUGGCGGUGCCUGAAGGCAUCCGCCUGGUCAUGUGCGACGUGGACUGCGGCUCGCAGACGCCGGGCAUGGUCAAGAAGGUGCUGGCGUGGCGGCAGGAGAAUGCGGCGCAGGCCAACGAGCUGUGGGGGCGGCUGCAGAAGAGUAACGAAGCGCUUGCGGCGGAGCUGGUGCAGCUCGGCGAGAGCAAGAGUCGCGACUACGGGCAGCUUCGGGCCCGGCUCGACGACAUUCGGAGGUUGAUCCGCGAGAUGUCGGAGCUCUCGGGGGUGCCGAUUGAGCCGGCGGAGCAGACGGAGCUGCUGGACGCAUGCUCCAAGGUGGCAGGGGUCAUCGGGGGGGUCGUGCCGGGGGCCGGGGGCUACGACGCGGUGGCCCUGCUUAUCGAGGAGCGGAGCGGGGUGGUGGAGGAGGUGCAAGGGCUGCUUCGGGGGUGGAAGAAGGGUGGAGCGGGCAGGGUGAGCAUGCUGGGGGUGCGUGAGGAGAUGGCGGGCGUGCGGGCGGAGGAGGCGUCGGGGUACGGGCCGUGGGUGCAGCAGUAGCAGCGGAGGAUCGACGGGUGUUUGCGACGCUUCCAAUAGGCACAAUCAAUCCACUCCCAAUUGCCGAAUCAUGAGGCGAGCGGGCGCAGGUCCCGCUCUACAGCCAGCGCAGCCUCAUCUCCCGUGCUCC